ACGACGAACGCCGAGGAAAUGGCGGACGCGAUCGAAAACAACGAGAACGUGGUAGGAGUUAUAGCGAAUCUCAGGAUCAAGCUGCGGACGACAGUCCUGAGAAAAGACUAUCGACUCUUUUAAUCAUUUUGGGAGAUAAAAUGACUCCCCAAGAAAUACAUAAGAAUAUUGAAAAAAUUGCUGAAAUUGUUCAAACUGAAUAUUCUAAAUAUGAGCCUCUCGUAUUGAAGACAAUAAAAAAUUGUUUCAUGGAAUUACCAAUGAAGACAUUUAUAUAUGGUACCCUCGUUGGUCUUGUGAAUGUCAAACGACCUGAUAUCGGCUCUGCAGUAGUAAAAAUGACAGCACAAACGCUACAGCAAU